UGGGCCAGUUAAAGGAUAUUCUUCCUCUUCGUCGUACGUUAAAAACGAAUCAACCCAUAUUAAUAACUUCUGUGACUAUAAAUUCUCCCCCUUCUCUUCUUAAUCAUCUUCAUAAAAUUUUUAAUGAUAUUAUCGAAGAAGGAACUACAUAUCCUCAAGAAUUCAUUCUUGAUUAUGAUGGUUUUAUUAAUCAAUUUUUAAGUCAUAAUACGUUUAUUGCUUUGAAAGAAGAUGAUGAUAAUGAUAAGAAUAAAGAAGUUUGGGAGGAUAAAGUGAUGGGUAUGUUUUAUAUAGAACCUAAUUAUCCUGGACGAUGUAGUCAUAUUUGUACCGCUGGUUUUGUGGUUCCAUUAAAAUUUAGAAAUUUAGGCGUUGGUAAAAGAAUGGCUGAAUCAUUUCUUUUAUUUGCUCCAUUAUUAGGUUAUAAAUCUAGUGUUUUGAAUGUAUUUGAAAAUAAUAUUUUUUCUAUAAAACUUUGGAGAUCUCUUGGUUUUAAAGAAAUUGUAAAAGUUCCUAAUGCUGGAAGGUUAAAAGGUUUUGAUAAAUUAAUUGAUGUUUUAAUG